AUGGGGCGCUAUAAUAAUUAUUUCUCUGACUUUGAUGUCAAGGUUUGGCUUCAUGAGAUGACAAAGGGUACUUCUGCUAUUUUUCUUAUCACAAGAGUAUGGUAUACUUGGUGUUGGAGAAACAAUACUAUUUUUUAUGGUCAACAUUGGUGUAUUCAAGAUGUGGUGCGAAAGAUCUUUUUGUUACAUGAUGAAUGCAUUUCUUACUAUCCCAAUCUUGGUUUGGACCCACACUCGUCACAUCUCUUAGCUCAUUGGAUCCUCCAUCCGGAAGGUACACUUAAAAUCAAUAUUGAUGAUAGCUUUCUAGAAGAUUGGAUAGCUGGUGGUGGUGUUCGCAACCACGAUGGAGAUUGGAUAGCUGGUUUUUCUCACUAUGAAGCUGGAGGUGAUGCGUUAUUAGCUGAGUUACGUGCUAUCAGAAUAGGUCUUGAUUUUUGUAAUUUAAAAGGCUAUGUCAACAUUAUUUGUGAGAGUGAUUGUUUGAAAGCAGUUGACCUGAUUAUUGACGGUCGUGAUCAUACCUUGCACACUUAUGCUACCGACAUCCUUCAUAUUAGAGAUGUUUUACAUGGAAAUGGUAAUACAACAUUGAUGCAUGUUCUUAGGGAACAAAAUAUGUGCAAAUUUUAUGGCUAA